AUGGCUGAAAUUACACUUUCACUCGUACCAAAAAGCCCAAGACAAGAAGCCAGCGCUUCUGCUCAUAUUCUCUGCGGUUUUCUGCUCAUGGCAAUGGCACAGCUCGCUUCGUCCGCGCCUACUAGUGGUACAAGUUCCAAUUCUUCGACUUCUACCUCGAGUCAUAAGACAGAGAUCCAGACGUUGCUCGGGCAAUUUGACGCCCAGAUUAAUACGAUGAUGGACUAUCCCGCGAAAGACACGAUUAAUGCCUUGACGAUGCUGGCAGAGCGCGCUGAGUUUGCGUCAGAGAUUGUUAGCUUUCUCGAGACCAAGAUCCAUCGGGUGGCGCCAAAUUGCAAAUUACCCAUUUUCUACCUCACAGACUCGAUCUUGAAGAAUUUACGAGGACCAUACAUUCCACUCUUUGCUGCAAGGAUUGUUCCUCUUUAUUGCAAUUGUGUGCGUCAGGUCUCGGAAAAGGAUCUCAAACGUUUUAUACAUGUCCUUAAUACGUGGGAAUCGACGCAAUUGUUUAGUCAAGAUGCUAUUAUACAAAUGCGAAUUGCUGCAAAUCACGCAAUGCAGUUGACUGGAUCUGGAAGUACAAUACCCCAAGUGGCGACUAUAAGCUCUAGUGUGAAACUGGCACAACAACAACAAGAUAUGGAGCUACGUUCUUUACUUUCAAAGCUUCAGAAUGAUAUGGGCAUUCAUCCGACUGAACACAUGAGCUUAGAAGAAGUGCGAACAAAGAAUCCGAGCUAUUAUAAACAAUUGCUCGAAUUCCAUGCAGCUUCGAAGAAUAAUUCAUCAAGAGAACUUAUGGCUGGGAAUUUACAGCGAGAAAGACCGGGAAUACAACGGCCUUCGAUUAUUCAAGACUUUCGACGUCCGUCGCCACCACGUGACGCACGUGCUAGCCGACAACCACAGACUGUGCCGUCCCAAGCUUUGCACUUACAAAGAUCACGACCAGGUGACGCUCAAGAUGAUGCUACCAAGUCUGCAAAUGUAGCGCAUUUAAUGCAAUUGUUAAAGCGAAAACAGCGUACACCGUCACCUCCACAACCAGUUCAAGAGAUUACAAAUGAUCCACCGCGUGCACCAGAUGCUGCUGCUGUCAUGUCGAUCUUGCAAAAGUUAAAAGGAAUGUCUAGCGGAAACGCGCCGUCGAGACCACCUGAAAAUCAUUUAGAGUCUGACCAGUCACUAUCGAUGAAGCAGACUCCAUUGCGUAAUGAUCAUGCGUCUCGAAUGUGGUUUAGUGACAAGAUUGUGGCACACAAAGAUCGGGUCGAAUCAAAUGUUCAGAAAUUAUAUGCUGCAUUGCCUCUUGUAUGCCGUGAAAGUGGUUUACGCUUUCGUGAACAGGCUCAAUUGAACGCUCAUCUCGACUUUUUAUUCCAGUAUAAUCGUGCUCGCAAAGAGCGUGGCAAAGGUGGCGUGUCGAGGUCCUGGUAUCCUGACGAAAACCAGUGGGUUGCUGAUUUCUCCGGCGAGGUGGCACCUCGCGAAUGCACAAGUAGCAGUUUCUUUGAUAGAAACGCAAAGGAAAACGAGAAUACGAGUGAACAAGCUUUGUGGGAGAAUGCCCGAGUCCCAGUGGACGAAUCGAUCACUCGGUGCCGGAUCUGUGGUGAGAAUUUCUCAAGAAGUUGGGAUGAAGAAGAGGAAGAUUGGAUGUAUACAAACGCAGUUACUGGAACGAUAUAUGGCACUGGGAUCAAUGGAGAUGAGCAACAAGAGACUAUUUUUCACAAAUACUGCUAUGACACGGUGAUGUCGAAUACAAAGCAGAUUACAUCCGCACAUCUUAUUCCUGCUGAAAGGGAUGUGGAUGAAAAGCGAAGUGUGAGCGAUGAUGAUAGUAGAAAUGAUCAUCACAGCGGCGUGAAACGAACGCUUCAAGAGGAUGACAGUGAUAGUGAUGCUGAUGAUGUGAAGCGAGUGAAAAUUAGCUCAGCAUGA